AUCGCUGAGGCUCGCGCUAUUCACGUGUCAAAAUCCCACUCUUUUUUUGCGGAGAACACAAGUAUAUCUAAAGAGAGAAAUUUGUGGGGUGCAAUACCGACAGGGCUGAUACACAGUGAAUGAGGAAUAAAUUUGCAUUCAGCAUAUCUCAUAUAAAUUUUCUAGUUGAGGUUGGGAUAUUUUGGACAGAAUAGGAAUAGAGUUUUAAAAAGCCUUAUUAUUGUUAGAAAAUUUUUUGUAUUUCAGAUAUAGAUUAUCUUAGUCAUCCUAGAUUGACGUUGUCAAAGUCGGUCUGCUAAUCAACAACAUACGUUUGAUAGCAUAACUUUCUAGAUAUUUGGCUCUUACCUUGCAGCCAUGCUUGAUGUACAAGAAGAUCCUGAUUCUCUGAGCAGUCAGACAAACAUAUCAAUACCCGAUGUAAACAAUAUCGUGAAGCCCUUUGCGAGCCAUCACCUGGAAUCUGAUAUCUCUAGUGAUGUUUGGAUACAGGAAAGGUCUUGUCUGCUAAUUCUCCUCGAGGCUCGUAUGCUUCUGAGGGAAAUGGCGGAAUAUAGGCUCAACUCUUUGCGCAUGAUUUCUGGGUGUCUGUCGAUUGCAGAGCUUCAGCAACUCCUAACUCAGCAGGUUAGUAGCGAAGAAGAUAUUGAUUAUAUUCCUGAAAUUCAGGAUCUCAGACGCCAGUUAGUCAAAGAGGCUCGCAAAAACCAGCACCUUGAGCGAUCUCUUGGAAAUCUCGAAAGCCGUAUUGCUCUGCUUAUUCAGAACCGUACAUCUAUUCAAGAAAUUGAUCGUCAGAUUAGGCGAAAACAGAAAGAUGCCGCAAAGGUUUUGAAACCCUUUGAGGACUUCACUCAAGACAAAAAACUUAUGGAUGCCUAUUCUGGCUUUUUCUAUGCUUUGCAAGUCGAGCCCAAGUAUUUGGCCAAAAUUGCCUACGUGAUACCUGCUGAGAAGACGGAUGAGUUUACCGAGUUCCUUUUGCUUACCUUGUACGGAGAUGCCUACUCUCCGAGGGAAGAGUAUUUGAUUCUUAAGUUGCUGAAGUAUGCCAUGGAGUAUGAAAUAAAUCACUUGCGAAAUGUCGCCGACUUUAUCCAGUCCGAUACAGUUGUACCCAAGAUGGUUCUUACCUACAACAAGCGCAAACAGGGCGUGGAGUACAUAAAAUCGACGUUCUCUUCCUUCUUUAACCAAGACGCUUUAGAGGAUUCCCACCAAUUCGACAUGAACCCCAUGUCUAUUUAUCAGCAAUUGCAAGAGAAUAAGAACAGGAAGAACAGUGUGAAGCUAGAUCUGGCGCCAUCGGAGGUGGAGAAGUUGCCGGAAGUUGUAGAGGUUAUCAAAACGCGAUCUGAACAAAUUCAGAAUCUCUGCGAGGACAUCUUGAAUCGCGCCCUGGAUACGAUUAAUUCUUUACCAUACGGUUUAAGAUUGAUUUGCAAAGAAAUCCGCCUCAUUAUUCUCUCGCGCUUUACAGAUGCUGGUAACGUCAAUAACUUGAUUUGGCAGGUGAUAGGCUAUUUUGUGUAUUACCGUUUUAUUGGAUUGGCUAUAGUUGCUCCGGACUCGUUUGAUAUUGGUGACCGUACACUCAACCCUAUAGUGCGUAAGAAUCUGAUUUCUAUUUCUAAAAUAUUGUUUCAGCUCAUGUUUCGCUUCAGCUUGUUUUCACCCAAAAACGAACUUUCCCCUCUCAACCCCUGGAUUGAGAAAAACCGCGACAGGAUCAUCCAAUAUUACUCUCACCUGGUCGACGUGCCGUCUCCAGAAGAUUUCCUUAACAUGAAUCAGUACAUGGAGCUGACUCAGAAGACGAAGCCACUAAUUAUUAUCAACUUGCGGGAAAUCGUCGUGGUUCACAGUUUGGUGAAGGGGGCUAUUAACUCGGUCGUCAAAGAUGACAACGAUCCCCUGAAGCUCAUCAUCAAGGAGAUAGGGGACGUCCCACCGAUGCCAUCUGGACCUUUGGCCUAUCGUGACAUUCAGCUCCAGCUGGAAGAUAAGUUUUCAAUAAAGAGCCACAUCGAGGCUCUGAACCCACCAGAAUCUCAGAUCUUCACCGAAACCAGGGGGCUGAUCAUUCUUGUUCUCAAGUCUGUACCGAUCGUCAAGGAAGAAAACAUCAAACUCAAGGAUUUCCUUAAGUUGGCCUCCGAGAUCGCAGCCGAACAGAAAAAUAAGACAUUGAAGAAGCAAAUUGAGAAAAUUACGGCGAACUUAGAGCAGCUUGAAAAAGACGGCAUUGCGACUCAAAAGGACGACUACGCUAGCUUGAUGAGGGAAUUGGUGAUCCAGCUCUCCAACCGUGUGGAACGUCGCGAAGUUCAGCUGAAGGAAAUUUCUCGCUUGAAGUCGCUGUUGAAGAGUCUCAAGCGUCACCAAGACUUUAUGAACAAUCAAAUUGCCGAAUUCGAAAGGUAUCUCGAACAGUGCCGUAAAAACUCGGUUGCACGAGCCAAGCACAAGUCGAAGCCCGUGAAGUUCAGUUUCAAGGAGCUAGUGAAGCGCCACGUGAUUAUCGACUCGAACGUUCACGGCAUCGUAGAAAGCUCAAUUAAAUUCUUUAUUAUGAUGACAGAUGUUGGCGUCUUUGACAUCGAGGCGAAGAUUGGGCUCUCUACCAUUGCAAAACUUCAGCUUGAGCUCGAAGAUCUUCUCGAGAAGAAGGAGAAGUCUAUCAAUACCCUCGAGCUUGACCAGAUUACACUUAGCGUCCCUUACACUAUUUUCCUGAUAAACAAAAUUUUCUUGUCUUGAGAGCGGCUGCGCUUGCCAACGACGAGAACAAGUGUAUAAGAGGGCACAGAGCAACGUGUUGUACGCAUGCGACGCCGAGGGGGGGAACAGUGCUUCAAGGGUGCGUGCGCACCCCGUGAAGCGUCCUUGUAGCGCACUUGCUCGCCCUCUUUACUGUGGUCUCCUCACAAAAGGGGGGAGAGUUGGCGGGAGCUUUGAGGAGAAUAAAUCGAGACAGAGCAGCAGAUCAGCAGGUCUUGUACUUUUUUUUUUUUUACUUGCCUUUUAUGUUUGCGCGUAUGCGGAAGUGCAGUUCACGGACCGUUUCUAGCCAGUUUGGUGUGUCUGGACCUAUUGCACACAAGUUCUUUAGAUUUUUCAUUUG